UACAAUCUGAGUAACGACGUUUCGCCCGUAAUUACAACCAGCUUCAUCAGGCGACAGCCAGACUCGUGGAUAAGUCCUCCUGUUUCCUUCCUUACAUAGCGACGUAGAUGUGGUGACCACGCUUUUAGCGCUCUUGCACAAAGUGGGGGGUGGGGGGGUGAAUGAAUUAACUCAGCAGGCGUCGUCAGGCACGUGAUCGACCCCCCGCAUUGCCCCCAACAGUUCAGUCCGAGGCUAUAGGGUGGUGGAACUUUGUCUUUGCAAGGUGCAGCCUCCGCCCCGUCGCGUGACCUUCUCCCUGGGCGACGGCCGCCUGGACGCCUGCGACUCGUCCCAGCAGAGCUUCGCCGACAGCGGCCUCGGUGAGGGGGACGCUGCAGCGGCGGUGACGGCGGCGACGACCUCCUCCUCCUCCUCCUCCACCUCCUCCGCCGCCGCCAAUGCCAACGCCGGGCGCAUCCGCCAGACGGACAGCGGCCUCGGCGAGGGAGAGGCGAGCUCCGACGACGGGGGCGGCCACGGAGGGGCAGCGGUGGUGGCGACGGUGGGAGGAGGAGGGGGAGAUGAGCGUACGGUGCCCGAUGGGUGCACGUGGGGCGUCAUGCAAGCGGAGACCGGCCCGGCGCUCAAGGACCUGCCGGACGUGACGGUGUUCUCCACGUGCACGGCCGACUGCCAGAAGUACGGCCACUCCGACAACUGCUGGAUGCCGCCGGGCACGGCGUCCGAGGCUGCGGCCGCCCUGCCGCUGCGGGCCUUCACCCUGGGCCGUCCCCGCGGCGGUGGCGCCGCGGCCGCCGCCGCCGUUGCCGCCGCCUCGUCGGCGCUGGCGCUCUCCCACGGCCGCGGGCUCGGCUCCUCCAGCCCCGCGGCGGUCGGUGCGGUCGGCGCGGUCGGCGCCGUCGCUGUCCUAUCGUCGUCGUCGUCGUCGCCGGUGGCGGCGGUGGCGGUGGGCCCGCGCCCGCACGAGGCCGGCAAGAGCCGGCAGGCGGACGCGUACUACAACGCAUUCUACAGCAACAACUACCGCAGCCACCGGCCUGAGAUGUACCACCACCACCACCAGCACCAGCACCAGCAGCACCACGGUGGUGGCGUUGCGGGCGCGGAGAAGAUCCCGCUGGCCGAGCUGAAGGCGCGGCCCUUCGAUGAUGACGACGACGACGGUGACGACGACGACGACGAGGAGGAGGAGGAGGAGGACGAAGACAUGGAGGGCGCCGGCUCCGAGGAGCUGCCGCUCACGUCGCAGCCGUACCGGCAGAGCUCCGUGCCCGUCGGCACCCCGCAGGAUUUUGGCAGCAAGGAGCUGUACCUCUGAGUCUCGGCGGGCGGGCCGGCCGGCCGGCGCCGAUUUCGCCGGUGCCGACCUCGCUGGCGUGCGUGACCUCUGAAAGUUUUUUUGCCGGGAGCGCGUGGGACGCAACGACUUGGAGCGCACCGGCGCCGCCCGCCCGCCCUCUCUCCCCUCGCCGACCUCACCGCCUUCACCGCCGCGAGGACGCUGCGGUAGGAGCGAGUCGGAGCUGUCGCUGCGAGUGCCCGGAACGGGGGGGGGGGCGCGAAACCUCGCCGUGCGGCGAACCCGCGCCGUUUGCCGUCGCUCGGCGGACUUAGAGGAAACCAGAACACCUGGGGUCAAGCCCUCGGGGGGAGCCUCGCGGCUUGCCAGUCGCCACGGCCACCACUGACGACGGCUGACGGAGUGGAGUCGCGGGAAACACCGCGGAGCGCGGCGGCGUCGUCUCCCCACCGCUGAGACGCCGCUCUGGCUCGAAACUGGUCGAGAGCCAUCGUCGCUCGGAGCAUCGUCGCUCGGAGUAUUGUCGGCGCCGGAAGCAUCGUCGUCGAUCGGAGCAUCGCCGUCGCUCGGAGCAAUUUUCGUCGCUCGGAGCAUCGUCGUCGCUCAGAGCAUCGCCAUCGCUCGGAGCAAUUUUCGUCGCUCGGAGCAUCGUUGUCGCUCGGAGUAUCGUCGUCGACCUGGAGCUCCCUCCGGCCGAGCGCGUCUCUUAACGAGCGACGGUGCAGGAGGCGGGAGUCCGCUUUGCACGCCGUGGAGGCUCAAGAAGUUGCUUGGAUGCGUUUGGGGGUUUACAAAUCUUUUUGGCGGUUCGUGGGGGGGUGAGGGGUGGGGGGGGGUGGGAGCGGUGGGGUGGGGUGGGGGGCGGACGACGACGACGACGACGGUUUGAGGAAAGGACCCCGGAGCAGCGUCGGAGCGAGCAAGAACAACAACCCCCUUACGCCGCUCACCCACCCCACCGACCCCUCCACCGCUCGUGGGUUCAGCAACGUUCCCCCCCCCCCUCACCCAUCCCCACCACCCCCGGCCAGUUAACGUAGCGGCUUCCAUAUCCAUGGAAUCAUUUUCACACCCCCCCCCCCUCCCCUCCCAUCAUCGGAGUGGCCUCCGCGCAAAGAACGGAAGCCCUCCCUACAAUAUGCAAUGAUUUUAACGACAAUGCAAGGGAACGAUGCCGUGCGAUUGCAUCGCUUUGGGGUCGUGUGACCGCACGCGAUGCGGCGGGGGGGGGGGGG